AUGGCACCUGGCAGGGAAAAACUGGCCAAGAGCAGCAACGCCCCCUCGCUCCAGCAGCUCCUGAGGGAAGAGGAGCUGGUGAAGAAGGAGGCUGCCUACCAGAAUCUGGUUAAAAGCUGGCAGUGGGGCCGUGUCCUCUGUCUCCAGAGGGAGAAGCAGGAGGAGAAGAGGCUGGUGAAGGGCUGCCAGAACCUGCGGGCCGGCGUUGCAGAGGAGCUUCGCUUCGCUAACAAGGCGCUGCUGAUGGUCCGGCGCGCGGCCCUGCGCUACCUUCUACACUGCGAGCACGUGCAGCACCAGCGCGAACUGAACCACGGGGGGAAGUCCUUCUAUGUGGAGAGGCUGUGA